AUGCGUCUCCCUGACUGCAUUACCCUGUGGGUUAACUGCUGCGAUACCCGUGUUCCCGUGGAAGCUGAGAUCAUCUGUGGAGCUGAAGUGGACACAUUAGCAAUAGACCAGGUCCAGUUACCUGUCACGCAAUUGGACAGGCCACAUCAUCUCAGUCCUCUGGAAUGUGUUUGUCCAGCCUCGAUUGCUGCUAUGAGUCCGAAGAGCACAGAGAGCGUCUUCCUUCCUGCAGUGACCCAAACAAGGCUGGAAAAAGAUGGAAGAGAUUCCCCAGAUGGACUCACUACGGCUACUUUGGUGCCUCUACAGGGAGCCUGGAGUCCCAGGGAUGACCUUGGAGAGGGACAGACUCCCAGCCCAGACAGGAGCUCUCUUUGUGUCCAUGUGUCUGUGAAUUGUCUCCCUCCCCCACUGGGCUGUGAGCUCCUGCAGGGUGAGGAAUGUUUUUUGCCUCUUGGGGAAUCCCCAGAAGAGGUGGUGAUGUUCAAGGAUGUGGCUGUGGACUUCACGAGGGAGGAGUGGCGCCUCUUGUCCCCUCCCCAGAAGGAGCUGUACAUGGAGGUGAUGCUGGAGAAUGCCCGGAACCUGCUCUCUGUGGGGGGAAGCCCCAUGGAUGCUGGAGCAGGAAGGCCUGAGGAGCUGCUGGCCAGUUAUAGAACUGUCUCUGUGAAAACAGUGGGGAUGUCCCAGCAUGCGCUCCGGAGGGGAGGAGAGCGGCGCUUCUUACUGCACGACUGGAAGUGGGGGGGAACUUCGGAAAGUGAGAUCAGACCUGAAAUGAAGGUGAAUCCAAAAGGGUUGAGCCUCUCUGUAGAAGAAAUGGACCUUCAAAGAUUCAUGAGUGAUGGUCCUGGUAACUUUGCUUUCAGAGAAUUCUGUUUUGCACCUAAAAAUUUAUCUCACAUUGAACAUCAAAGAUUGCACUCUGAGGAAAUAUCUAGUGGAAAUAAGAAGUGUGGAAAGACAUUCUGCCAGAGCUCCUGUCUUGCUCUACAACAGAGAAUCCCCACAGGGGAGAAACCUUAUGAGUGCAAGCAGUGUGGAAAGACAUUUAGUUGGAACUCCCGUCUUAUUGUACAUCAGAGAAUCCACACUGGGGAGAAACCUUAUGAAUGCAAGCAGUGCGGAAAGGCUUUCAGUUGCAACUCCCAUCUUACGGUACAUCAGAGAAUCCACACUGGGGAGAAGCCAUAUGAAUGCAAGGAGUGCGGAAAGGCAUUCAGUAGCAGCUCCCAUCUUGCUGAACAUCAGACAGUCCACACCGGGGAGAAGCCAUAUGAAUGUAAGCAGUGUGGAAAGGCAUUCAGUCGCAGCCGUACUCUUGCUUUACAUCAGAGAAUCCAUACUGGGGAGAAGCCAUAUGAAUGCAAGCAGUGUGAAAAGGCAUUCAGUUGUAGUUCCAGUCUUUCUAUACAUCAGAGAAUCCAUACUGGGGAGAAACCUUAUGAAUGCAAGCAGUGUGGAAAGGCAUUCAGUUGCAACUCUGGUCUUUCUAUACAUCAGAGAAUCCAUACUGGGGAGAAACCUUAUGAAUGCAAGAAGUGUGGGAAGGCAUUUAGUCAGAGCUCCUGUCUUGAUGAACAUCAGAGAAUCCACACAGGUGAGAAACCUUAUGAAUGCAAACAAUGUGGAAAGAAAUUCAGUUGGAGUGCAAAUCUUAAUGUACAUCAGAGAAUCCACACUGGGGAGAAACCUUAUGAAUGCAAGCAGUGUGGAAAGGCAUUCAGUUUCAGCUCUGGUCUUUCUAUACAUCAAAGAAUCCAUACUGGGGAAAAACCUUAUGAAUGCAAGCAGUGUGGAAAGACAUUUAGUCAGAGCUCUGGUCUUUCUGAACAUCAAAAAAUCCACACUGGGGAGAAACCUUAUAAAUGCGGGCAGUGUGGUAAGACAUUCAGUCAGAGUUCUGGUCUUUCUAUUCAUCAAAGAAUCCACACUGGGGAGAAGCCUUAUGAAUGCAAGCAAUGUGGAAAGGCAUUCAGUCAGAGCUCUGGUCUUUCUGAACAUCAAAAAAUCCACACUGGGGAGAAACCUUAUGAAUGCAGAGAGUGUGGAAAGGCAUUCAGUAGCAGCUCCCAUCUUGCUGUACAUCAGAGAAUCCACACUGGGGAGAAGCCUUAUAAAUGCAAGCAGUGUGGAAAAGCAUUCAGUCAGAGCUCUGGUCUUUCUGAACAUCAGAGAAUCCAUGCUGGGGAGAAGCCUUAUGAAUGCAAGCAGUGUGGAAAGGCAUUCAGUCAGAGGUCCAGUCUUGAUAAACAUCAGAGAAUCCACACUGGGGAGAAACCUUAUGAAUGCAAACAGUGUGGAAAGACAUUUAGUUGGAGUGCCAAUCUUGCUGUACAUCAGAGAAUCCACACUGGGGAGAAACCUUAUGAAUGCAAGCAGUGUGGUAAGGCUUUCAGUUUCAGCUCUGGUCUUUCUCUACAUCAGAGACUCCACACUGUGGAGAAGCCUUACGAAUGCAAGCAGUAUGUAAAGAUGGUCACAUGAAGUUCUAAUCUUGCUAUUGUUUGAAGGAAAUUUACUCUCCCCACCUUUCUAUGGUAGCAUGCCUGGUGAUGAUUGUGUUUUGUAAACCAUUGAGUGAGGAUAGAAUGGCAGCAGGAAAAAGGCAGUAACAGAUUUGAGAAAUCACAUGAUGUCAGGCUGCUGUUUUCUGCAGUGCCCCCCUGUAAUGCCCCGCUAGUGACCCAGGAAAAUUAGAAAGCCACAGGUGAUGCCUGAGAUGUGAUUUUUGAGUUACUUAGUGGAAGAAAGAUUUGGUAAUUUGAAGCAAGAAUGUGUUUCCAGCCUCUUCUCUUUCAGUUUUUAAUGGCUGGACUUCCCUAUGAGCAUGUCUAGGGUGCUCUAAUGGUGGCCACCAAAUAGCAAGAUAAAUGGAGCAGUGUGGAAAGUAUGUCUCCUUUUACCAUCUUUUUCCCUUCCUACCUUAUACUAAAUAAAAUGUAUA